AUGGGAAGAAAGGCUGUUAGUAUUGAUACAAAGAAGGGAAUCAUACUUUUACGCGAUACUCGUAUGUUCCAACAUGAAAUUUCAAAGAAAUUAAAUGUUUCUCGUCAUGGCGUGCGUCAAACUAUUCGCAAGUUCAACAGGCUUCAUACCACAUCUACAAAACCUGGAGCUGGACGUCAUUCCAAAGUAACACGUCGCCAAAAACGCGCCAGCAAACUGCAACAACUUCGCGACGAUACUCUUUCAUUGAAUGAUCUCGUUCGUUAUGUUCAAACAAGUUUGAACUUAAAUAUCAGUCGUCAAACAGUGAGCCGUGUCCUACAUGAAUUCGGUUUGGUUUCGUACGUCUCACCAAGAAAACCGAAAAUAACGCAUCAGCAAAGAUGUUAUCGACUCUUUUGGUCUUGGGAUUUGGUCUUCUAUUACGUACAAUGA